AUGAACAUUCCUGAUAUCUCUUACAUUUCACCAGAACAAUCCAAUACUACUAACCCUAAUAAAGUCCAAUCUGACGUUAAUCAUCUACCACCAUCGUAUAUACACCCGAUGCCAACAUCACCACCGUUUCAUACACCACAAGCUCAAACAUCACCAUUUUAUGCAUCGCAAGCACAAACUCAAACAUUACCACCAUUUUAUGCACCGCAAGCACAAGCUCAAAUAUCACCACCAUUUCAUGCAUCGCAAGCACAAACAGUACCAUCAAAUACAGGAUCACAUCUAAUGCAACCGGGUGCGUAUGCACCACCUACACUAUUUAUUACAUCGGGGCCGAUGCCAUAUCAAAAUAUGAUAGUAUCUGGUAAUUAUAUUCAUCCUGAAACAGUUUAUAUUCGAGAUUAUAUGAUUUGGUCUAUAAUCAAUAUAUUUCUGGGAGGUUUAGUGCUAGGUAUUCCUGCUGUUUGGUUGUCGAUGGUAACAAGAGACCGUAAACAACAAGGUGAUAUUGAAGGCGCUCGAACUAUGUCAAAAAUUACAUUGGCUUUUAAUAUCGUCAUUACUGUUCUAUUCUUUAUCCUUGCAGCUUUUUUAAUUCUUUAUCUUGUUAUUUUCUCAGAUAAUACCAGUACUACUAUUUACUAUUGA